GAGAUAUAAAGAACCCUAAAAAUCAGAACUUUGCAAAACCCCCCUCAAAGAGGGCUGCUCUUCCCGUAAACCCCUACAAAAAAUCCUAGCUUUGAAUCCAAUGGCCGAAACCAAGAGCGCCGACGAUCCUGCAUUGCCCGCCAAACGCAAGCCCGACCUCACACCCCAAGACCAGGAGAACCUCCCCCUAAAAUCCCGAAAACUCCAAACCGAAGACGACACUAUCCAACCUAAAGACGAUUCCUUCGUUCCCGAUAAUAAAGAACCCGGAGUCGACGCUGAAGAUGAAGGAGAAGAAGACGACGAUGACUAUGAAGAUGACGACGAUCAUGACGGGGAGGAGAAUGGAAAUGCGGCGGUUGAUCGGAAAGGGAAGGGGAUUCUGGUAGAGGACGCAAAGGAUAGCGACGACGACGAUGAUGAUGAUUCGAGUGAUGGGGGGGACGAAUCAGAGGGUGAGAGUGAUUUAUCAGAUGAUCCAUUGGCUGAGGUUGAUUUGGAUAAUAUUUUGCCGUCGAGGACAAGGCGGCGAGUUGUGCAACCAGGGGUUUACAUUGCGAAAGAUGUCGGAAACAAUGGUGAAGGCGAUGACAGUGAUGACAGUGAUACAUAGUUUUAGGGGGAGAUUGUAUUUCAGCGGUAUUUUUGUGGUUUAAUUUGGAGGUUAGUGGAAUUUUGGUGAUUAGUGUUACUCAUUUCAUGAGUUUAUAUGCUAAUUGUCUGUUGUAACUCAAAUUUUUAAGUAUGCUAGAAUGUCUUAGGUUCAAAAUUCCAGAGCUUUUUAGACUUUUGUUCA